UCUUGUGUAGGGAAUGGGGUGUUUUGUGUGUAAGGGGCAGUAGUGAAUGUAUGUAUCAGUGUCUUUGGUGUGGUGUUAAGUUGUUAGCUCCAGCGAAAAGGAGCGAUGAGUACAUGUGCUGUCCUCUACAUUGUUUUAAACGUUACUAUAGUAUGACCAAAGGGAUGAUAACUAUGGAGGUGUUUUGGAGGUUAAAUUUUAUGAUGAUGGCAUAGUAGUUUAAUGUUAAUGAUUGUUGUUGUUAUUCUUAUUCUUACUGAUUUUGAUGAUUGAUUAAUUAGUGUUUCUCGCCAUUAACCUAGGAAUGGCAUGGCAUACAUUUUAAUUACCGCCUUAACUAAAGAGACUCGAGCAGCGUUGCCAGAUUAUCGUAUUCACAACAUUGUAUUUAUCAUUUCUAAGCCUCAAACUCUCGUACCUCCACAAAUAACGAAAGGAUAUUAAAGUUAGCGUUAAAACUGUUAUUUAUAGAUGUUUGUUUGUUUUUGCCAUACAUAUCAGUCAGAAACUACGAAAAUGGAAUACGGUGUGUACGAUAAUUUGGCAUCGCUGGACUCGAGAUAUAUUAAAACCAAACACUAUUAUUUCUGAAGAUAACUAUACUACAAUAUAUUAAAUUAGAGGUUAUAUUACGCUAUGUUGGGGACAACUUUCCUUUUGCUGAUAACAAUAAACUUCAGAACACAUUAACGGUUAUAUAAUAUGUCAGAAUAAAAACUGACUAAUGCUUUUUUAUAGGUUGUGUCUGAUAUGACUAAUUACACUUUUUCAUUAAUUUUCUAUUAUUUCCGCAUUAAAACUGAUACUGUUCGACCUAUUUUGCUUCAGAGAUUAACUUCGGUGGUGGUGGUGGUGAUGGUGGUGGUGGUGAAGGCUGAUGAUGACAGUGGUUACGAUGUCUCGCCGCCUCGCUACGUCUACGACUCUCCUGACUCACAGAGCCCCAACGAUGACGACGACUACUACUCCGACGAGGCCGACUACAACUUCAACUACGCCGUGCGGGAUGACCACUUCAGCACACACUUCGGCCACCAGAAGGAGCGGGAGGGGAAGAGCACCAAAGGAUCCUACUUCGUGCAUCUCCCCGACGGCCGCCUGCAGAAGGUGACUUACUAUGUCGACGGCGACUCGGGCUACAUGGCAGAGGUCAGCUACGAAGGAGAAGCGCGGAAGGAGUCCAAAGAGUCCUACAGUCCUUCGAGAUCCUCCCAGCGUCCUGCACGUGAGUCUGGGGAGUCCUACGGCCCUUCAGUAGCGUCCCAGCAUGCGUCCUCGAGGUCAAGAGAGUCCUACAGUCCUCCAAUAGCCUUAAAACGUCCUACUCGCGAGUCUGGCGAGUUCACGGAGUCCUACGCACCACCUAGAGCCUCCUACCGUGCCCGUCAGUCUAGGCUUCAAGAGAACUCAGCACCGAGGAUCUCCAAAGACUCCUAUCGCUCCCAAGAGUCCAAGGAGUCAAAGGAAUCCUACGUUAAUGUAUCCUUCAACCCUGUUCAUGCCAAGGAGCUGCCAAAGAGGACCGACACGGACCCCAAGGCAUCCUACGAGACUCCAAGCCCAUCCCGUGUCCAGGAAUCCUCUGCGUCCCGGCCCCAGCGACCAGUAGGAUCCAAAGCCUCAAGGAGAUCCAAGCACACAUCCUCAGAGGAUACACGGACCUAUUCUCCUCCAAAGCCAUCCCUUAUAUCAGGCUCCUACUCCAGCCAGAAGGAUUCACGUGAAGACAGAAGAUCUCAGGACCGUCAUUUUUCUCGGUCCUCAACUUCCUCCAGCUCGAAGGGAAAGAGCAGAACGGUGGAGGACUUUGAGGAUACACCUUCUGCCCCUAAGGAUUCCUACGAAUUUCCUCAUCCUUCCCGGUCUCCAACUUCCUCAGAGUCUAAGGAGAAGAGCAGAGGGGUGAAGGACUCUGAGGAUAAAUCUUCUGCUCCUAGAGAUUCCUACGAACUUCCUCAUCCCUCUCGGUCUUCAACUUCCUCAGAGGAGAACAGCAGAAGGGUGAAGAACUCUCAGGAUUCGUCUUCUGCGCCUAAGGAUUCCUACGAGGUGCCUGUUUACAUCCCACACUACCCGCGUCCUGCAGCUAACUCCUACCAGCCCGAGCACCUGCUGCGUGGGGGUUAUGCGUGAGGGGCUCGAUG